GAGAUGACCUCUGGCAGGUAGAUCAAUAUGAGAAGGGUGAAAAGGAGAGCCCUGUUGGAUUAGGAUUCUCAGCCCUCCACAGUGGCCAGCGUUUCUGGAGUGGCAGGAGUGAGAAUUUGAGAAAAAAACUUUCUCAUUAUCAGAAUGUCUGAGCCCUGUUUCCUUCCUUCAGUCUGUGGGUCCCUUCGAGCUUCCAUGCCAGGAGGGGAGCUCACCCUCCUCCACUAGGCAGAGAGAAAGCAGUGAGACCGGCUAGCUCAGCUCCUAAGGAAAGCGUACUUCCUUCUCUGUGGGCAUAGGCACCACAUCCCUGGAUGUAAAAGGUGGUGUCUAAAGAGGUGAGAAAAGAGGAGGAGAAGACAGCUUUAGUUGCUCAACCUAUUUCCCUUGGACACAAAUUUGUAUGGAGAAGGCUUUGAGGGUAGAAUCCACAUUUUUUUGAUCUUCAGUGCCCAGUGCUGAGCAGAGUGCAUUGUUUAUGGCCUGAGAGCCAGCAGCACCAGUGCCCAAGGCCUGGAGAAGGCGGAUGUCUCAGGUCAAGCAAAGACAGCAAAUUUGCCCGUCCUCCGGCUUUGUGCUCUACGGGAGCAGGCAGCAGAUUGGACGAUGCCCACUCACACUGCUAAGGGUUUGUUGGUAUUUUCUGUGCACUGCUGUGCCUGCACCAGCAGGUUUUUGACAUACCAAGAGAAGUUUGAGCUCCUACUCAGGAUCAGCGGGAAUGGGCGCAGAGCUGGAAGACUUCCCAGGUCGGGAGGGUGGGGACCAGAGAGGGGACGAACCUCAGUGAACCCCUGCGACGGCGCCGGCAGAGUGGAAUGGGGACUCUCUGGAGCCAGGAGAGGUCUCCAGAAGAGGGCCUGCCCGCCAGACGGAGCCGACCGUGCCACCCGCGGGCCCUGGCCCGGUGGGGGCUGAUGGCUGCCCUGCUCUUCGGUCUGCUCCUUGGUUCUUCUGUGCUUUUGUUCUACAUCUUCUGGAGCUGUGGCCCUCGCCCCUGUGAGACGCCUGUGUGCAGGGACCUCCAGGCUCGCUACCUGGCCUCCGGGAACACCAGUGCGGCGCCCUGUGCCGAUUUCUUCAGCUUUGCCUGUGGAAAGGCCGCAGGAACCAGUACUUCCUUCCAGACUCUUGCAGAGGAGAACAAGGAACGACUCCGGAGAAUCCUGGAAGCCCCCGGUUCCUGGCACCUGGGCUCUGGGCAGGAGAAAGCCUCCCAGUUCUACCAGGCCUGCAUGGACACAGGUGCCAUUGAGGCUGCAGGGGCUGGUCCCCUCGGACAAGUCAUUGAGGAGCUUGGAGGCUGGCGAAUCUCUGGGAACUGGACUUCCUUGGACUUUAACCGAACUCUGAGACUUCUGAUGAGCCAGUACCAUUACUUCCCAUUCUUCAGAGCCUAUCUGGGACCUCACCCCAGCCUGCCACACGCACCAGUCAUCCAGAUAGACCAACCAGAGUUUGACAUUCCCCUGAAGCAAGAGCAGGAACAGAAGAUCUAUGCUCAGAUCGUGCGGGAAUACCUAACCUACCUGAACCGGCUGGGAACUUUGCUGGGAGGAGACCCAAGCAAGGUGCAAGAACAUGCCUCCUUGUCCAUAACCAUUACCUCGAAGCUGUUUCAGUUUCUGAGGCCCCUGGAGCAGCGGCGGGCCCAGGGGAAGCUCUUCCAGACGGUCACUGUUGACCAGCUGCAGGCAAUGGCCCCUGCCAUCGACUGGUUGUCCUGCUUGCAAGCGACAUUCACACCCAUGUCCCUGAGCCCCUCCCAGCCCCUCGUGGUCCAUGACCUGGAGUAUUUGAAAAACAUGUCACAGUUAAUAGAAGAGCACCUGCUGGAGCACAGGGACUUUCUGCAGAGCCACAUGAUCUUCGGGCUGGUGGGGGCCCUAUCUCCAGCCUUGGACAGUAAAUUCCAGGAGGCACGCAGAAUGCUGAACCAGAAACUACGAGAGCUGACAGAUCGACCACCCAUGCCUGCCCACCAGCGAUGGAUGGAGUGCGUGGAGGAGACAGGAACCUUCUUUGAAGCUACUCUGGCAGCCUUGUUUGUUCGUGAGGCCUUCCGCCCGAGCACCCAAAGUGCUGUCAUGGAAUUAUUCACUGCAAUCAAGGACGCCCUCAUCACUCGCCUCCAAAGGCUUCCCUGGAUGGAUGAGGAGACCCGGAAAGAGGCCCAGGACAGGGUCACCCAACUGCAGGUGAAGAUAGGGGCUCCAGAAUGGGCCCUGGAGCCAGCGCUGGCCAGAGAGGAAUACAAUGACGUACAGCUCGGCUCCAGCUACCUGCAGUCCUUCCUGAGCUGUGUCCGAUCUCUCCAAGCUAGGACUGUCCAGAGCUUCUUGCAGCCUGUCCCCUAUCACAGGUGGCAGGUGGUCCCCUGGGGGGUUAAUGCUUAUUACUCGAUAUCUGACCAUGUGGUGGUCUUCCCAGCUGGACUCCUCCAACCUCCAUUCUUCCACCCUGGCUACCCCAGAGCUGUGAACUAUGGCGCUGUUGGCAGCAUUAUGGCCCGUGAGCUGUUGCACAUCUUCUACCAGCAAUUACUGCCUGGGGGUUGCCCUGCCUGUGACACCCGUGCCCUACAGGGGGCGCAGCUCUGCCUGGAGGACCACUAUGCUGCCUUUCCAUUACCCAGCGGAACUGCCUUCAAUGGCUCCCACACAUUCCCUGAAAAUGCUGCAGACACUGGGGGGCUGACCAUUGCCCUGCAGGCAUACAACCAGAGGCUAGUAAGGCACCGUGGGGAGACCACCCUGCUGAACCUGGGCCUCAGCCCCUAUCAGCUCUUCUUCCGAAGCUAUGCCCAGGUGAUGUGUAGGGAGCCUGACACCCAGGAUUCUCAGGACACUCACAGCCCCCCCAUCCUUCGAGUCCUUGGGCCCCUCAGCAACACCCCAGCCUUUGCCAGACAUUUCCACUGUCCACACGGUGCCCUCAUGAACCCCUUCAGCCGCUGCCAGCUCUGGUAACCUGGCUACCAAAGAGAACCCAGUUCAGUUGUAUCAACAUUUCCUGCCCCCUACAUGGAAUCAGGCCAUAUCCAAAAAUAAA